GGCAAGCACCAAGUCCACUCCUCCACAGCUAGCUCUAGCUCCUUCCGUCUCCUACAUACAAAUCCAUUCCGUGGAUCGAUCUCUCCGACGAUGCCUCGGCUGCUCCUCUUGUGCCUGGUGUCCAGCCAUUUCGCGGUGACCGCCGUCAUGGCGCGGCAGUUCCCCGUCUUCCUCGUCGACGGUGGCGCCAUGGCAGCAGACGCCCCGUCUGCUUCUGCUUCCGAUGCCUCGCGUCUGCAUAGGCACUCCCUUUUGGAGUCCAGAUUCGCAGGGUCGCCGAUGGGCUCGUCUGACCACGGACUACGGCACGGCCCCUUCGACAGGCACUUCGCCGGGGGCAAGAUCAUACUCGGCGGCCUCGCGGUGGCCAUCAUCGCCGCGGUCUUCUGCUACAUCCGCAUCACCAGGGCCAAGAAGAUCGUCGAGCCAAAAACUUAGACUUCUUUCUCUUCCCUGGUCCAGUGUGCUGUGUAGGCCUUGCUGAAAUCCUUUUUUCAUAUCUCUGAUGUCUGGAAUCAUGGUGUGCUUGGAUUAAAUGCAUGAGUGAACGAUGCAUGUCAAGUUCUUAUCAUUGGAUGGUUAAGUAGUAGUAGUAGUCCUCUUUGGGUUGAGUAUUACUUUAUAAAGGGCCUAUAGUUGGACGGUGGUGAGUUGCCGUCCUAGAACCUAAAAGAUAUGUUGCUUCUGAUCUACUCCCACCGUUCCGAAUUAAUUGUCGCACGUAUGGAUGUAUCUAGUUGUAUUUUAGUUCUAGAUACAUCCAUUUCAGCGACAAGUAAUUUGGAACGGAGGGAGUAGGAGUUAAUGCAGGCAUGUGAUCUUCUUAUCAGUUGCUCCUGAAAAAUUAGCUAUCUAUU